CCUACUGUGACGCACCGCCGUGACGCUGUUUUGUUUCUUCGUUUCCGGGUGUUCACGCACCGCGCCGGCCGGAAAGAAAAAAUGACGAUCGCCACCGCGACUGACCCACUAGAUGCAGCGUCCGCCACCAUCCAACUGACAGUUGACACUCGACCCAUUACGUACGCGAGAAAAAACAAUUGAGCUAGCUGCAAUUUGACAGUACUCGAAAGAGGCUCUGCGAGAUAUUAUCUUCCGGUGUACGCAGAUUUCGGUUUCUCAUUUUUUCAAUUACGUAUGCAUCCGUGCUAGUGCCUCACGACGCGAAAUAAAACGACUGAGUUUUGAUUCGACAGUGCUUAAAAGAAGUUUUUCGAGAUAGUAGCUUUCGAUUUAGUGUUUUAUUUUUUAGAUGACGCGUUGUGAUAACUCAAUAAGAGGAUACACGUUCUUUGGGACGAUAUUGAGUUAAAAGUUGUUUUGGCGGUAUUUGAUGUAGAUCUGUGAGAUGACUAUAGACAUAGGCUGUUUGGUUACACUAGAAGGAUGGUGGAUUAUCCUUCUCAGGUCUUGGUGUUUGUCAUUAUCCUGCUUAACCUGAGCAGCACACUCCCGUCCAAAAAACACCCAGUAGCUUCGAGCGCCUACAGCUACAACAGCAUAUCUCCUCACCACUACCAGCUUCAACUUGCCUUCGACACAACAGUCUGUCGUACUGUUGCUGGACUUACGAGGGCGCAGCUGGCCCUGUGCAAGCGGCAACCGGACGCAGCUGCAGCUGCGUUUGAAGGUUUGCAGCAAGCUGUUCAGGAGUGCCAACAUCAGUUCAAAAACCAUCGGUGGAACUGCUCGGCGCUUGCUACCCGAGGAAGGAACCCUUACAUCAGCGCUAUACUCCAGAAGGGUAAGUAUUUCUUUAUUAUCAAUCAGUGGCCCUAG